GCCAUUCCUUCCUGAUGCAUCAUUGAAAUUUGCGUUAGGGAUCAGUCUCUGACGUCGAUGCAUGCUUAUCUUUAUCCAUCUCCGAAUCAUGUCCGAACUACAAAUGAGACGCUGCCGCGUCGCACAGGACAAACAAACGCAUCAAACAUCUUUUUUUUACCGCCGCAAACACGCGUCUGAUCGGGCCUUUAUAACAUGCGGCAGUUCGACCAACGGCAUGGCCCCUUCUGGUCUAUGUAAAUCCCGUCAACUCAUUUGUCAGCUUUAUUUCGGCGAAAAAGAAAGCCGAGUGCCAGUAGCACUCUCGUACCUUCCUUGCGAUGUCUUUCUUUCUCGUAUCAUCAAGCGACUCCCAGCAAGAUUUCAAGGUGUCGCCGACGACAUUUUCCAUCACGAUAUAGUUGGUCGGUAUAUUAAAAGCACUGUCGUACCAUAUUUGACGACAAAGUGAGGGCCAACUCGAACAGCGCGAUGAGAGGCAGUAUUUUGGAUCACAUCUCGCGAGGAUAUAAUAUCCUUGGUUGUAGGAAUAGGCGCAGGGAGGCCGGAAGUUGCAAAGUACGGAUAUUGAUGUCGGACCAGCGGUAGGGUAUAAACAGGCAGCUCCCAGAAUUUACAGUCAUGAAGAUCAAAAGCACGGAAAGAAAAGAAAUGCCUGGGUCGCUGCAUGGGGAUCGAUGGAAUUAGGAAUGGCGGGGAAGGUAACGAGUGAGGUAAUCGUUUCUUUGUGUCGCCGCUUUGUUUGUCUGCUUGGCACUCCUUUAUAAAAAGUUGCGUGAAGUUAUCCCUCAACUUUUAUGUAUUCAUCAAGCACCCACUACGGCAUCGAUUGACUGCAGCUUGUUGCGUGGAAGUCGGCCACCCUUUAUCAAUGAACGAUAAAUGAGAGUGAGGAGGCUACAAUUAGCACCUAGUCAGACGGUAUGACAACUAGUUCCC